AUGGCUUCGAUUAGUAUUGAUAUUGAACGUGUUCAAUCAUUUCUUAAUAAACAUCAAACAACUGAUCGUUCGAUUGUAUUAGUAACAUCCGGUGGAACAACAGUACCAUUAGAAAAAAAUACAGUUCGUUUUAUUGAUAAUUUUAGUACUGGUCAACGUGGUGCUGCUUCUGCUGAAUAUUUUCUUGAACGAAAUUAUAUUGUACUUUUCUUUCAUCGUAUUUCAUCGAUUUUACCAUAUCAACGUCAUAUAAAAACAAUAUUUGAUGAAUCGCAAACAAAUCAAACUUUUAAUCAUGAUCAAUAUCAUAAACAUAAAGAUUCUCUACUUUUAAUACCUUUUCAAACUGUUUCCGAUUAUCUUGCUGGUCUUGAACAACUUUGUGGUUUAUUAAAAAUAUUUAAUCGAGCAGUAGUAAUUUAUUUAUGUGCUGCUGUUUCGGAUUAUUAUAUACCAAAUGAUGAAUUAACAGAACAUAAAAUUCCAUCUGGACAAAAUGAAUUAACUAUUCAUCUGAAACCUGUUCCAAAAUUGUUAGGUUUUGUUAAAGGGCAAUAUGCACCUGAAGCUUUUGUUGUUUCAUUUAAAUUAGAAACUGAUGAGAAAAUACUCCAAGAAAAAUGUUUACAAUCAGCUGAAAAAUAUAAUCAAGAUAUAAUUGUUGGAAAUAUGUUACAGACACGUACAAAUCAAGUACAAAUAUAUGAACGUAUGGAAAAACAAUGGACAACAAUUAAUCGAUCCGAAGGAAAUGCAGAACAGAAAGAAAUUGAAUUUCAAAUUAUUGAAUUUUUAUGUGAUAGACAUAGAAUUUAUCGAGAGAAUCUUAAAUAA